GUGACAUGAACAUGGCCGCGCGCAUGUGAAAGUCAUGCUACACCCUGUAGAAAUACUGUUCGCUGUUUUUAAGUCACCGUAUAUAAGGAACCAGUAGUAGAACGAUAUUAUUAUCGUUCACAUAUAUUUUAUUUUAUAGACACACUGUUAUGGAUCCCGCCGGACAACUGCGGAAUCUUCGGGACUUCCUCCUGGUAUAUAAUCGAAUGACGGAAAUUUGCUUCCAGCGAUGCACGAACAAUUUCAACUACAGAAAUCUGACAAUGGAUGAAGAGCGUUGUGCAGACAACUGUGCUGGUAAACUAAUCCGUUCCAACCAUCGUCUAAUGGGCACAUAUGUACAGCUGAUGCCAGCCAUGGUUCAACGGCGAAUGGAGGAAAUGGAGAGCAAAGCUGCAGAAAUAGCAAAGGCAACCGAAGCAGUAGGCCCAGUGGAGCCCCUCGCUGGAGGAUUAAAUUCAUCAGAUGCUCCAUCCUCAGUCAUGACAUCUACUCUUGCUACACCACCACCAGGUGUGCAGACACCCACAUCUGCUGCAGAACAAGCAGGGACAGCAGCUACCAGUGGCACAAUCCAAUCUGCACCAUCACUAUCUACUAAUGAGGCAUUGGGUUCACCUUUACCAGUCCCGAUUGUUACAGAAAGUGCACACAUACCUGCAGCUGAGCCAACGGUAGUAGUUCAUCCAUGCAAGCAUCCUCAGAAGUGACCUCUCCACUUUCAGAGGGACUGAAAGUCUCUAUGUCUCCUGCAAAUCCCAGACAAGAGUCUCUCUCAAGUGCUACAGCAGGUAUCCCGUUAAGAAAUGUAGAUGUAAAGCACAUUGGUGUAGUCAACAGCUGUACAUCACCAGCAGCCU